AUGACGUGUGAAUCCUGUGUUAACUCCGUUAAAGAAGUUUUAACAAAAAUUCCAGGAAUUACUCGUUUUGAUGUUGACCUCAAAGAACAAAGAGUAGUAGUCGAAGGAACAGCACCCCCUUCCAUGGUAUCAAAAAAUUUGAAGGAAACUGGAAAAACAGUAAUUGUUCGCGGACAAGGAUCUAUCAAGGGUCCGCAUUCUGGAGCCGCUGUAUGUAUUUUUGAAGAUUUCACAUAUACUCCUCCAAAGAAUGCAAAUAAUGCAAAGAAUGAAAAUGAAUCAAACCGACAAAGAAAACCACAGGGGCUUGCUCGUUUUGUACAAAUUAGCAAUAAUGUCUGCCUUAUUGAUAUCACUGUGCAAGGAAUUUCACCAGGAUAUCACGGAGUUCACAUUCAUGAAUUAGGUGAUAUCUCAGCUGGUCCUUCAAGCACGGGAAAUCAUUAUAAUCCGGAGAAUGUUGAACAUGGAAAUAUGGAAAAAGGACACGUUGGAGAUUUAGGAAAUAUAUUAAUAGAUGAAAAAGGUUGGGGAGAUCUUGUGGUUGAAAGUAAUCAUAUAAAAGUAUGGGAUGUUAUUGGGAGAUCAAUGGUUAUUUCUCAGGGAAAAGAUGAUGAAGGUAAAGGUGGUAAUGCACAAAGUAAGAUUGAUGGCAAUUCUGGACCAGGUCUUAUUGCCGGAGUAAUUGCGCGUAGUGCUGGUGCAUUUGAAAAUCUUAAGAAGGUUUGCUCAUGUUCUGGAAAAACACUUUGGGAAGAGGCCAGAUUAUAA